UAAAAUAUUUCGUUUUCGGAUUGAAAAUCGUGGAUAUUUUUCGAGUCAAACAAAAUGUCCCAGACAUGGAUCGAAAAAGUUAUGUCAAAGAUCAUGCAGAAUCUCGAAUCGGACGUCGGAGAAAAACGAUACGAGUAUUCCAAAAUUGACAGAUUCGUGACCAGCCUGUAUAAUGUAUCCGUAAUAUUUAAAAACAAGGAAAAGGAUGAGAAACUUUCUCUUAUACUAAAAAGAUCUCUGGGAAUCGAUACAGAACUCAUCAACAUGAAUUUUCAAUUCCAUAACGAGAUUCUGUUCUAUCGUGCGUACGCCAAACCUAACGAAAACUUCCCAAGAUGCUUCUACGUCGACGAACAGCCGCCCACCGACUCGGUAAUCGCUCUAAAAAAUGUCAGCGAUCAUGGAUACAGUCCUUGUUCUUACGUGUACAACGCUCCUCUGGAAUAUCUUCUAGCGGCGAUGUGUGAAUUAGGACAAUUUCACGGUAAAGGAUACGUUAUGAAGGAGCUGCAGCGGGAAGAAUUCUUCGAUAUUGUAAAGCAAUUGCAAGAAACUAAAUAUCCCACUAAUACGAUGAAGGAAGUCAAGGACUUUUACAACAUCGUCAUGAGAGGAGUGUAUUAUCUUCGCAGUCAGAACUAUGACACGGGAUUCUGCGAUAAAAUGACAGAUUUAUUUUCGAACACGUACGAUAAAGUGUUCAUGAAAAUCCUGGAGCCCGCGGAACCUUUAUCCACACUGUGUCACGGUGAUUUUACAUUAAGCAAUACUCUUUUUAAGAUAGAAGACAAUGGACAGAUACGAUCGAUGCUGAUUGAUUUCGCGGAUUUAAAAUACGCGACACCCGUCGUCGAUCUUUCAAUAUUUUUAUGUUUAUCUAGUUCGAAUGAAUUGAUAAAGAAUAAAUUUUUCGAAAUCAUGCGAGCCUAUCAUGAUGCACUCAAGGAAUAUCUAACGGACGCUGGCAUUUGGGAUGCUGACAAAUAUUCGUAUGACGCUUUUUUAGACAAUUUCAGGAGAGGUGCUAUUUUUGGUUUCGUUAUCGCAUCCUUUUUUUUACCAGUACUAAUGGGAUAUAGUAAAUUAAGUUUACAAAUGAUAAUGAACGAGGGCUACAUGGAAUCAGUAAAAGAAUCCAUGCAAUCCGGCGGAGAUAAAAUGUCCAAGAUCCUAGCUGAUAUGUUGCUGCAUCUGAAAGAUCUUGGUUGCUUAGAACACUUUUUAUAAUUGUCACAUGUUAUUUCGAAAUGUAAUAGGUAGUAUCAAACGUACAGUUUUCCUAAAUCUAAAUUGAUUAAUAAUUCUAAAAUUUUCGGAGAAUAUUUAAUUGAUCAAUUAGUAUCUAAAGCUAUCUUUAGUGUCUACAGAGAAACAAUAGAAAAAGUAUAAUUAUUAGAGACCUUUAUAUUUGUCCGAUAACAUUUAUCGCAGAUUAAAUAUUACUUAUUUUAUUUUGUUUGCAAUAAUAUUGAUAAUAUAUAAAUGACAUUAAUACGUUUUUAAAUAUGUUCUAUUGCUAAUAUAGAAUUAUUACUGUGUGUACAACAAAUAUGUAAAUUAUAUAAAUAGACAAUAAUAAAAAAAAUUUUUUUUUUAAUGUAAUAAGUUAAAAAAAUAUAUAAUAGAAAUCGAAAAUAAAUUUUUUAAAAUUCUUGGAUGAUGCGUG